AUGUCGUCAGCUCAGAGGUUAUCGAGGCAGCAAAAGGGGAAAUCAGUCGCGGCGCCAUCAGCUCCGGCAAGGAGUCCUGACGGAGGUUGUAUCGGGGAUCUCGAAUCGACUCAUCACGAGGCGAUGAUGGACACAAUUGAUUUGUCUCGCUCCCAGAGGCUUUUGGUCGCAGAUGCUACGCGGCUUGCGAGAGAAGGGAGCGAGAACGUCGCCGUGAGGGAUGCGACGGAGUUGGAAGACGAUCCUUCGGAAGACGACGAUUCUGAAGCAGAGUUGUUUCCGACGACCUUCUAUCCCGAAGGGAUUUUCGAGGAGCUUCCACGACUACAUCCUGACUUAUUGCGCCCUGCUUUCGUGGCUGGUCAAGAUUUGGACGGUGUGGACGAGACUAAGUCAACCCUGAGGAGCGUGAAGAGGGUUCUUCGGGCCAGUAACGCUACAGGUGUGCCCUUCCUCAUUCCUACGAAGGAGCAAAGGCCUUGGUCUCCUCCGAUCGGGUACCAAACGGUAUACAACUCCUACUUCCAGGAUGACACUCGCUGUUGGUUCCCCAUCCCGCGACUGAUCACCGCGUACGCUAGGCGGCGAGAUCUUGCGAUUAGUCAGUUACUGAACGGCUCGCUGCGACUAGCCGUCACUCUAUCAAUUCUAGCGGAGCAGAUUGACGUGCCGAUGAGCGUCAGGUCGUUCGAGGAGAUGACCUCGAUAACCGACAUGAAGGACGGAACCUACUCGGUGAAGAUGCGACCAAACUGCAAUGUGUGCGCCGGUCAUCCAAACAAAACGCAGAAUUGGCAGCGUUCCUAUUUCUUCAUCAAGUCCGACGACUCGGCUUUCGAGGAGCCACGUCGAGAGGACUAUCGGGUCUUAUGGAACUUUGGCCAUCCCACGUCUCCAGUCUAUCCUGAGGAUUUCCUGAAGAGCGUUCGAGCCGUCGCUUUGCUUCGAAUCUACCGUUGGUCCAAGAUUACCGUCAAGAGGAUUCGCGAGCUUAAGGACCGGAUCGCCCGAAGAGAGUGGAGAUCUGAUCUUUCGACUGUUCUUCCUAUUCGCACCAAGCGACUAGACAUCUUCCCGAAGGACAUCCAGAAGCAAGUUUCUGAAGCAAAGAGGAUGGGAACUCUUCCUGAUUUGAGCGCGAUAUUAGCCGCCCAGCUGGGACUGGCCAGCGAGGAGGGACCCUCGACGACGGUUCCUCGCGCUGGUGAGGUUCCCCCUUCUGGUGCUAGAAACGCGGGGAAGGGUAAAAAAAGGAAGAGGGGCGGCUCGGGAGUCGAGGGGAGCGCCGAGGAGGCGAGCGACUCGGAGAAUCCCGAAGAACCGACUAAGAUUGAGGAGGGUGAUGUUCAAGAAGAAGAACUUCAACCCGAAGAGGAGGCUUCUGAGGCUGAAAUCUCGGGAGAACGGGACGAUGCGGCGAAAGUUGGUGAAGGGGAGGAAUCUGAAACUCCUCUUAAUGCCGCCCGUCCGGACGGUUCUGAAGAAGACAGCGGAGAGUCGCUGCUUUUGAUCAGGAGGCAUAAUGACGAGGUUGGCGAUGAGGCGCGAUCUCCUGUUCUGGCGUCUUCUCGCGAGGGAACUCCGGUUCCCAUUGGAGAAGGGGUCGCUCAGAUAGGCACUUCUUCUCGCGGCUCCGCUAUCUUGUGGAGGGUGCCCGGAGUCAACUUUCCAGACAAGGUUUCGUUUCGCUACAAGGGACCGGCCCCUCUAGUGUACGUUCCCGAGAAGUGCGGAGAGUUCCUUCGCCAACUAAGGGGGAGGGCAAAACCUUUGCCCGCAGUGAAGGACCACAUCUUCGGGAGUGAAUACAAGGAAGCUGCGAGGGCCAAGCUGCUGGGGGACAGCGCGACGAACGUCGUGAUCGAUAAGUACGACACUGCCCUGAAGGGAGCUUUGGGCGAACUCGAGCUGGCUAAGAAGGAGCACGCGGAGAAAGAGGAAGCUUCUGCUCGCCAGCUGAAUGCAUCGAGGGCUGACGUCGAGAGGCUUAACGGGAUGGUUGCUCGCAUUAUUGCUCGAAGAGACGAGCUCAAAGCCGAGUUGGAGGUAUCCCGAGGAGUCGUCCGUGAGCUCGAGCAGAAGAACGCCGAACUCGAGAGCGAGAAGGUUUCGCUUGCUGCGUCUCAUGAAAGAGAGAUGGGGCGCCUUAGAAAUUCCAGAAUCCUGGAAGUGACGAGGGAUAGAGGAAGAGUUGAGGCCGAGAUGGCCGCGAAAGCUAAUCGUCGCUUCGCUAGGAUUCGCUCCCGAGAAGAGCGACGAGGUCCCUAUGAGGAGGCCCGGUUGCUUCAUAGCCAUGCCUUCGGAACCAGGAAAUGCCUUGAGGCUUUGAAGAGGGCUGGGAGCGACAUCUCGCAAGCUACUAUCGAGAUAUUUGCCGAGCAAGAGAAGAAAUACGAGGAGGAAGCCGAGAAGCUUAGGGUGGGCGAGAUACCCGAGGAAGAUCUCACACUUUCUCCUCUCGUAUUGGACUCUCAGUAUGUGGAUGCUUGA